UAAAAGCGUGAGAAAUGAAAAUUACUUUUUGAAUCGAAAAAACUUUUCUUACUUCUUAUUAGUUAGUUGUUAAGUGCUUACUACUACUUUAUGGUUCGUGAAUGGUAAUAUUAAAUAAUAGGUUGAUGUAGCCACAGUCUAGCGAGCCAUCGUUGUAUCCCUCGUACUUAUUUUCGAUCGAGAAGAAAGUAUUAUUAUAUUAAAUUAUAUUACCUUCACUUGUAAUUUUUACCAGCCGGGAUCCGGAAUGCAAUUGGGACGAUUUCAUUUAUGUUUAGUAAUUGACCGGAAGUAAUACUGUUGGAGACUCUAACUGUAAACUGCGAUCACUGACAUCCAAACUCCAGUUGAUAUGGCCGCAACGGACGAUGAAGAAGACGACUACAUGUCCGAUGCUUUCCUCAACAUUGAUCACCCUUGUAUGGAUCUGUUAGGACUGUUAAAGAUGUUCGACCCGGCCUGCUGAUGACGCACGAACAGCAAAGACUUCACAAUCAGAUGAAAAAGAGAAAGGAAUGCCAAUUGAUAAACAAGGCUACUGGUGCAAAGGCGAUGGAAGAGCAGCAACGCCAGGAAGGACUGGAAAAGGCCAUUGACAACACCAACAAAGGUUUUACUUUAUUACAAAAAAUGGGUUACAAGCCCGGAUCAGGAAUUGGAAAAAACAAUUCUGGAAGAGUGGAACCAAUUGGCAUUGUGUUGAAAACCGACCGCAAAGGUUUGGGUCGAGAAGCAGCAUUAAGAGACAUCAGAGAAAUGAAAAAGUCAAUGAUACAAAGUAGACGGUCGACCGGACCCAGUGUGUGCGAGUAUAGAGAGAGACGGGCUCAGGAAGCUGCUGAAAAAUUAGACCGCUUGGACUUAUUUAGAUGCCAGCGAGUAUGCCGCCAAAUGGAUUUAGAACAGGAUAUACAAGAACCAUCUGAAAAGUUCUUUUGGCCCGAGGAGGCUCCUGAAGUUGAUGCAGAUAAACCAGAAGAAGAAAAAGAAGAAGAAAUUAAUAUUAUAUCAUUAAGUGAACAAUUGGAAAUUUUAAAAUUUUAUUUGAGGCGCACUUAUAACUAUUGUGUUUAUUGUGGAACAGUAUAUGAAGACGAGAGUGAUUUGAUGGAAGAAUGUCCUGGUCCCAAUCGACAAGAUCACUAAAAUAAAAUACAGUAGAUAAAUUAUGAUACACAAUGAAAAUAUGGGAACAAAGUCUUAUAAUUUAUUGAAUAAUUUGUACUUUUUUUGUAAUAAAAAAAAACAUUUACUGUUUA